AUGUCUACCAUCCUGCGGACGUUGCGCAAUUUGCGCCGCAUUGGCUUCAAGGAAUAUGGCCACCAGAUGCAGAACAUCGGUGAUACCAAGGCCGGAACUCUGAUCGGAACUGACCGCUGGGGUAACAAGUUCUACGAGAACAUGACCGAGGAGCUGCCCCUCCGGACACGAUGGGUCGACUACAAGACCAGCUUCCCCGAGUGGGAGCCCUCUCAGAUUGAGCCUGGUUGGCACGCCUGGAUCUCCUACAUGGUUGAUGCUCCCCCCACCCAGGACAAGCUCCUCCAGACCGGUCUGCGCCACUACGAGGCCGCCGAGCACCGCCCCAACCUUACUCAGACUCGCGCUGCUUUCAAGACCUACUCUACCACCCGCCCCAAGUACUCUGCCUGGACUCCUGUUGCCGCUCCCCGGUAA